AUGAGCAACACAGCAUUGUACUCGGACUCCAAGGGGGGCAGCCCCAACAUAGAAAGUGCAGUCAUAGCCUCCGAAGAUGUGGAAGCCGAUGCAUCAGCUCCAAUCACCUUCAACGAGCAAACGAACUAUGUCCCCCGGAAGAAAAUCAUCACAAUCUUCCUAGCAUGUUCAACAGUCGACCUAAUAGCAAUCAUGGACCAGACAACAUUAGCGGCCAGUCUCUCGAUCAUAGGCGAAGCGCUUGACGCCAGCGACAAAACCUCGUGGAUCUCGAGUGGCUACUUUGUCACAUCAACAUGCUUCCAGCUCCUCUACGGCCGCCUCUCCGACGUCUGGUCCCGCAAGCACGUCCUCUACGCCGGGCUCGCGAUCUUCUUCCUCGGCUCGCUCGCCUCCUCCCUCGCGCAGACGGCGACCCAACUGAUCAUCUUCCGGGCCUUCACCGGCAUCGGCGGCGGCGGGCUCGUGACGGUCGUGCAGCUGAUCGUCAGCGACGUCGUGCCUCUCCGCACCCGCGGAAAGUACCAAGGCAUCUUGGGGGCUGUGGUCGCGCUGUCCAACGGCCUGGGCCCGAUCAUCGGGGGCCUGCUGGCGACGCACGCCUCGUGGCGGUGGAUCUUCCGGCUCAACCUGCCCCUCACGGCGCUGACGGUGUGCUGCGUGGUCUUCUUCCUCCCGCUGCGCAAAGUCACGGGGGACUGGAAGCGCAAACUCCGCGCCAUCGACUUCUUCGGCGCGCUGCUCGCACUAGGCGGUACAUCGCUGGUACUGCUGGGCCUGACCUGGGGCGGCGGGGAGCGGCCCUGGCGCUCGGCGCCGGUCGUCGGGACCAUCGCCGGCGGCGGGGUGGGGUGUCUCGCGUUCGUGGGCUGGCAGUGGAAGGGCACGGCGUACCCGCUGGUGCCGAUGCACAUCUUCCGGUCCGGGAUUGUCAACGGCGCGUGCAUCACCAUGUUCCUGCACGGGUGGAAUAUCCUGGUGCAACUGUACUACAUCCCGGUGUUUUACCAGCUGGCGAUGGGGUACUCGGCCCUCCGGGCGGCGGCGAUGCUGCUGCCGAUCACCAUCAUGGCCUCGGUCAGCAGCACGCUCUCCGGCCUGGUGGUGCACUGGCUGGGUCGGUACCGGGAGCCCAUCCUCUUCGGCUGGGUCGCCUGGGCAGUUGGACUAGGGCUGUUCUCGACCCUCGAUGCGUCGUCCUCGGGGUUAGGCAAGCAGAUCGGAUAUGCGCUGUUGACCGGUGUGGGCCUAGGGAACACACUGCAGCCAGCCCUAAUCGCAAUCCAAGCGGGUGUCGCGCGACGCGAUAUGGCCGUAACAACAUCCUUCAGGAACUUCACGCGCAACCUAGGAGGAACCCUAGGCCUCGCGGUCGCCGGGACGAUACUAUCCAACCUCCUCACCCAAGCAUCCACCUCCUUCCCCCUCACCCCAUCGGACAGGACCACCUUCCUCCGCAACCCAACAGCCUACCUCGCCAACCUCCCGGCCACCGACGCCGCCCAGCUCCGUGCCGCCAUCCUCCCGAUCUACCAGCAGGCCUUCCGGGUCAUCUUCCGAAUCGGGGCGGGGAUGGCGGCCGUCGCGGUGGUGGUGGUGUGGGCUCUGAUUCCGCAGGUGGCGCUUGAGCGGGAGGUGGAGGGUUCUUCACCCCAAGAGGAGCGGGGGGGCUGA